AUGCAGCUAGCAUCUCACGUACACAUGCUUGAUGUCUUCAAUCUGAAAAAGUCAAAUGGAUCUCAUAUAUGCCUAGUGUAUGAGCUUCUAGGACCUAAUGUCCUGGACACGAUUAAUACACACUAUUCCGGGAGACUAACUGUCUGGGAAACUGGCGAAGCUAUUGCAAAGCAGAAUCUAAUCGGGCUUGAUGUCCUGCACCAGCAAAAGAUUGGGAAUGGGGGGAAGUCUGUGAAUGUUUUGAGCGAUUCUCACCUAGUACAGACUUGCGUACUCGCAACUUGGCCUUACACUCUGCUAUACAUGAAUAAUCUCUCUGAAGAUCAUUUCAUAAUGAGGCUAGAGAAGCCAGAAAUUGGCUUUGUCUCGGAAAAGGAUCGAGCCUGGAAUCCCCGAAUACAUAGUGAACCCAGCCUCAUAUCGGGCGCAAUUAUGGAAGUCGACCCCGGCGAUCAAAGUCUGUAUUUGGACAGUCAUUUUUACACACCGCAGUUCUCCUGA